CCAGCACGCCGCCGCAAUAAUAACUGUUAUUAGACAAAAACCUAUAGUAGCAUGUAAAUUUCUAUAUAAAACCUUGUUAUUGUUAUGCGCAAUCUAAAUUUGUUAACUUUCCGCUUGUCAUUCGACAAAAACAAAUACAAACUCUACUCUUGCUCGGUUAGAACUUGACGAACUCGCUUUAGAACAGCUGUUGGCGAAAAUACAUUUAACGAAAGACAACAAGAAAAACGCGUAUCGGUAGUACAAUUAAAACUCAGAAGCGUUUAAAAUGUCAACUUUCACAGAAAGUGCACUACUUAAAAAGCUGCACGAACUAAACACUAGUCAGCAAAGUAUACAAACAUUAUCCCUAUGGCUAAUUCAUCAUCGCAAACACCAUGCGGUCAUUGUUCAGACCUGGCAGAAGGAGCUCCAAAACGUGAUUGAGCCCAAGAAGUUAACGUUUAUGUAUUUGGCCAACGAUGUAAUACAGAAUAGCAAGAAAAAGGGACCAGAGUAUGGCAAGGAGUUUGGUAAUGUACUGUCCAAAGUAUUUGCACACAUAGGUGAGACCUGCAAAUCGGAAAAGCUGCUUGCCAGUCUGGGACGCAUUUUAAAUAUAUGGCAAGAGCGUGGUGUCUACGAUGCGAAGACCAUAGCGGAUUUUCGUGGGCGAAUGAUUCCCAAUGGUGCAGCUCCAGCUGUAGCUGCUAGUCCUGCAACUGCUACUGCUGCUGCCGACGAAGUAAGCAAAAGUGAAGAAGGUGCAGAACAACAGUCAUCACAUCAUCAUCAUCGUCAUCACCAUCAUCAUCAUAAGUCAGAGAAGCGCGAGAAACGCAAGCAUGAGGAGCGUCACUCCAAAUCAAAACGUUCGCGCACCACACCACAUCCAACUGUUGUCGUAGAGCCACCUUCGUCCGAGACGGAAAAUGGUCACACACCUCCUUAUAUGCCACUGGGUGAACCACCUGAACCUGAGGAGCUUAUCAAGGCGCUGACAAGCAUAGAGAAUUCCGCUUCCAGUGAUGCGUUGGUGCGUGAGCGCAUUGCCAAGCUACCGCCAGAGAUUUCAGAGAUAAGUUGCAUUACCAAAUUAGAGGAUAAAGACAAGGCCAAGCUACUGGCCAAUCAGGUUAACGAAGCUGUGAAUUUGCUGAAUGAUUAUAAUUCUCGUCUUGCUGCCGAGAUGGAGGAACGCACUAAGUUGGCGGCCAUGCUGCGUGAUUUUCAGGCUGAGCAAAAGGAGCUACUGGCACAGGCGGAACAACGCUUGGAAGAGCACAAGAAGAAGCUGGCCAAGAUGUUGGGCUUACAGAAAGAGAUACACGAUCAUUUAUCCAAUUUACCCGAUCUAACGCAAUUACCGGACGUGACAGGCGGCUUGGCGCCGUUACCCUCAGCUGGGGAUCUAUUUAAUACCUUGCAUUAAUUUCAAGUUGACAUGACAGCAGCACACCAAGUUAUUUACGUUAAAUACUAGAUUCUUACUUCAAAUUGCAUAUAUAUAACUCUUUAUGUCGUUUAAAGCAUUCUGAGCCGAUUUAAACAAAACAGACCUAUUAUUGAUGUAUUG